GCAUGAACUUUGUAAUUCGCAGCAGAUGACCACUGGGGGGGAUGGGGGCUUCAUUUUGUGGUGGCGAGUGUUCCCUCAGACAGCAUCAGAGCGCACCGCGCGGAUUCACUUGGUCGACACGAGAAGUGAUGGAGCCGCGUGCUUCACGUGUGCAGUGCCUCUUUUUAGGGCAGCAAGUGCAUUAUGGACGUGUCAGUUUUGCGCGUGAGGGAGGAGAAGGAGGGCGACUGCACGUGAACACCGCAGAGUGAAUGCCGCAUGCAGUUUCUGGCCGUGCCAGCCGCACAGUGGGAAUGGAUACCGGCUACUUCCUGGCGGCGACCUGCUUGGUGCUGCUGUCGCUCAACGGGUUCGUCUUUCCCUCGCAGGCGACGCGCUUUUGUCCCGACCGGUGCGACUGUCACAACCCGCAGCACCUCAUGUGCACCAAUCGAGGCUUGCGCACUGUGCCCCAACCCGUCGCGCGGGUGCUCGAGGAGGUGCUGAUCUUCAGCCUAGGUGGUAACUUCAUUGGUAACAUCUCCGCCUUUGACUUCACACGGUACAGUAAUCUCGUACGGUUGAAUUUACAAUACAAUCAGAUACAAACUAUUCACCCAAAAGCAUUUGAGAAACUCUACCAGUUGGAGGAGCUGUACUUGGGACAUAAUGGGUUAUCGAAUAUACCCGCUGGUACUCUCCAACCCCUAAAGAAAUUAACUGUUCUUUGCGGAAAUAAUAACAAUAUUAGGGAAAUCACACCGGAGCUCUUUGCUAAUUUGGAUAAGCUUGUUAAAUUGCGUCUGGAUGACAACUCAAUAGACGUCCUGCAGGACUUUGCGUUUAAAAGUUUGACCAGCCUACAUUAUCUCCAUCUGGAAUCCAACAAACUGCAGCAUAUUCACAGAAACGCGUUCUCCGACCUCUCCAACCUGCGUUUUCUGAACCUGGCCCAGAACAAGCUGUCAGCCGUGCGCAAUGCAGUCACCUUCUCCCAACUCACAGCUCUGACCACUCUGCUGCUCUCUGAAAACGAGAUCCAGUACGUCGGAAACCACGUCUUCCAAAACCUAAAAAAGCUGUCAAAACUCUCCCUCAGCAACAACAGAAUCUCUCGGCUGGACAGCGGAGCUCUGAAGGGGCUGUCGAGGCUCAGAGAGCUUCAGGUGGACGGCAACAAGCUGGAGGAAAUCCCCGCCGGUGUCCUGAACGCUCUGGAGCGCAUCGAGGAGCUGGACUUCAGCCGCAACCGGAUUUCCAGCGUGGACUCCUCUGCUUUUUCCCAACUUAAACACCUGAGAGUGCUGAAGCUGAAGAACAACGUGCUCACCAGUCUGUCCGGGGACAUUUUUGCCCUCAACAACUUGCUUCAUGACCUGGAUCUCCAUGGCAACAAAUGGACGUGCGACUGUCGACUGGAGGAGCUGAAAAGGUGGAUGACUGCUGCGCAUUCUCAGGGCAAAUUAUUGACUGUUUUUGUGCGGUGUCACCGCCCGGCAUCACUGAGGGGGAAAUAUCUGGACUAUGUGAACGGCUCCCAGCUGCAGCCUCUCGGGAACUGGACCCACUUGUGCAGGAGCCAAGUUGAGCCCGAGGAGAGCCGGGGAGGGCGUGUGUUGGUAAAGGUGGAGGAAAAAGAGGUCAGGAUGGUGGAUCCAAUGAAGCAGUUGGGGGGGGGGGGUGAAGAAGUGCAGGCGGAGGAGACGGAAGGCGUUGGUUUGAGGCAGGGGUACAGGGAUGGAGUCAUUAUGAAGAACGAGCGAGAGGAAAGGAAGAAGGAAGGACAGGAGGAGGUGAGAAUUCAAGGGGACCAAAGGGGUCUUUCAGAGGCAGAAUCCUCUUCUUUCACUGAAAGAAAGAAAUCAAAGAAGGAGCCGCUCGGCCCAAGGUCACGACCUUCUGCAGAGGCUGCUGGGAAACGUGCCAAAGGUAGACAAAGGUCCAAUAACGGCCCCAGAACCGAUCCAACAGCUAUUUCUAUAACAAGUCACGCUGGAAACCAAAAGAGUAACUCCACUAAUCCAAACACACGGCCCACCGCCACUCCUCCGACCCGGUCAGGAGAAAGGUUUGAUCUUCUGAGGUCAGAUCAGGAAAAGGCUGCCCCUGUGAUCACAGAUCCUUGUCUGUUCAACCGCCACUUCAUCACCAAUGUUUCAGUGGCUCAAGUGACAUCCAGCACUGUCACCAUCUACUGGACUACCAAAGACCACCGGCGCUCCACGCCAGGACUCGGGCAGGGCCUAGAUGAAGUCCAGUACCGGAUCCUGUUUGACCGCUUUGGCAAUCCGGAUCGCUUCCCCCGCUAUGUCUACGCCGUUGGCACGGCUCGCUCCGUCACCCUCCGAGAACUCAGCCCUGACGUGACCUACAUGGUCUGUGUGGAGGGAGUGGUCGGGGGCUCCGUGUGUCAUGUGGCGCCCCGUGACCACUGUGCCGGUCUGGUCACUCUACCCGAGGUGCUCAGGCACGGAGGCAAGCUGACCACUGACCUCCAGCUAGUGACGGUGGCCACACUGGCCGGGAACGCCGCGCUGCUGCUGGUCAUCGCCGGCUUCUGGCUGGGCCGGCGCCUGAAGAGGAGGCUGCAGAGGAGGAAGUCGGCCGUGCACGUGCGGCACAUGUACUCCACCCGGAGACAGUUUCGUCCGGCCGCGGCGGCGGCGGCCCCUCUGUCCGCCGACUUCACCAGCUACCAGAGCAGCCGUCAGGCUCGUCUACCCCCGCUAGAGGAAGGGGACCUCAUCGAGUUCCCCUGUGAGCGCUUUAUGGACGGCAACAGCGUCCGCAGAGACGGCAGCAUGCAGAGAUUCUCUGACUAGAGCAGAAACACUUCUCCCAUUUUUUACUUUGCCUGCCUGGUCUUAUCCCCUCUGUUCUCAGACCUCGGUAUCAUGUACCAUGUAACAUGUUUGUGGAUGUGGACAAAGCCGAGGCAACAGUUUCACCUUUUAGUGUCUCGGGUUUCCAGUUUGACCAAAAGAAACACUUUUAGACGGACAAUAGGAAAGCUGAGCUCAUCAGUACCUUUUCAAACACCGGGAGGAAGUCGAAUGCCUCUGACUUCCUCUUCCUGCUUUGGGUCUUUCCUGUUCCAUUUCCUUGCACCUGCGAGUCUUCCUUUUAGUGCAACUUCAUCAUUUGGUGUGUGCGCAUACGCAUGAAUGGUUGCUCACUGAUUUCAACUAUGGUGCUAAUGUUGAGUUCAUAGACGUCAUGUGGUCUUGUUGUUUGUACAGUGUGUAAUGAUGGCUGCUGGUUGGCAGAGAAAACGAUUUGUUUUGUAUUACAUCUAUCAAGUUUUAUACUUUUAUAUAUGAAUCUGUAUUACAUGAAGAAGUAAAAUCCCAUACAAUGUGA